CUUGGGUGCCUGGAGCCGGCGGCGGGCGGCCGCACGUAGCGUGAGGCGGGCGGAGCGGAAGCCGGUGGGCUCAGGUGUGAUCCAGCCCCAGGGCCUUCGCCCUGGCUACUCCUGCCAGCUGAACCCUCCUCCCUCUGGUGUGCCUCACUCAGGAGCAGUGAGUGUACGUGCACAGUGGGCACGAUGGACCUGGCCUACGUCUGUGAGUGGGAGAAGUGGCCCAAGAGCACCCACUGCCCAUCAGUGCCCCUGGCCUGUGCCUGGUCCUGCCGCAACCUCAUCGCCUUCACCACGGACCUCCGCAGCGAUGACCAGGACCUGACCCGCACGAUUCACAUCCUGGACACAGAGCACCCCUGGGAUGUGCACUCCGUCAGCUCCCAGCACCGCGAGGCCAUCACCUGCCUGGAGUGGGACCAGUCAGGCUCCCGGCUCCUCUCCGCCGAUGCCGACGGGCAGAUCAAGUGCUGGAGCAUGGCGGACCACCUGGCCAACAGCUGGGAGAGCUGCCUGGGCAGCAUGGUGGAGGGGGACCCCAUCGUGGCCCUGUCCUGGCUGCACAAUGGUGUGAAGCUGGCGCUGCACGUGGAGAAGUCAGGUGCCUCUAGCUUUGGUGAGAAGUUCUCCCGCGUCAAGUUCUCGCCGUCACUCACGCUGUUUGGCGGCAAGCCCAUGGAGGGCUGGAUCGCAGUGACCGUCAGCGGCCUGGUCACAGUGUCCCUGCUCAAACCCAGCGGGCAGGUGUUGACAUCCACCGAGAGCCUGUGCCGGCUGCGUGGCCGCGUGGCCCUGGCUGACAUCGCCUUCACGGGCGGCGGCAACAUUGUGGUAGCCACCGCGGAUGGCAGCAGUGCCUCGCCCGUGCAGUUCUACAAGGUGUGCGUGAGCGUGGUCAGCGAGAAGUGCCGCAUUGACACAGAGAUCCUGCCCUCGCUCUUCAUGCGCUGCACCACAGACCUCAGUCGCAAGGACAAGUUCCCCGCCAUCACCCACCUCAAGUUCCUGGCCCGGGACAUGUCCGAGCAGGUGCUCCUGUGUGCGUCCAGCCCGACGAGCAGCCUCGUGGAGUGCUGGUCCUUGCGCAAGGAGGGGCUCCCCGUGAACAACAUCUUUCAGCAGAUCUCUCCCGCUGUUGGUGACAAACAGCCCAUGAUCCUCAAGUGGCGGAUCCUGUCAGCCACCAAUGACCUGGACCGUGUGUCGGCUGUGGCACUGCCCAAGCUGCCCAUCUCUCUCACCAACACUGACCUCAAGGUGGCCAGCGACACCCAGUUCUACCCCGGCCUUGGGCUGGCCUUGGCCUUCCAUGACGGCAGCGUCCACAUAGUGCACCGCCUCUCGCUGCAGACCAUGGUGGUCUUCUACAGCUCCGCGACCCCGCGCUCUGUGGACGAGCCGGCCAUCAAGCGCCCUCGCACCGCAGGCCCUGCAGUGCACUUCAAGGCCAUGCAGCUCUCCUGGGCUUCCCUGGCCCUCGUGGGCAUCGAUAACCAUGGGAAGCUGAGCAUGCUGCGCAUCUCGCCCUCCAUGGGCCACGCACUGGAGGUGUCCCUGGCCCUGCGGCACCUGCUGUUCCUGUUGGAGUACUGCAUGGUGACAGGCUACGACUGGUGGGACAUCCUGCUGCACGUGCAGCCCGGCAUGGUGCAGAGCCUGGUGGAGAAGCUGCACGAGGAGUACACACGCCAGAGCGCAGCCCUACAGCAGGUGCUCUCCACCCGGAUCCUGGCCAUGAAGGCCUCACUCUGCAGGCUCUCGCCGUGUACGGUGACACGCGUGUGCGACUACCACACAAAGCUUUUCCUGAUGGCUGUCAGCUCCACGCUCAAGUCUCUGCUGUGUCCACAUUUCCUCAACACCCCUGAUAAGAGCCCUGGCGACCGGCUAACCGAGAUCUGCGCCAAGAUCACGGACGUCGACAUCGACAAGGUUAUGAUCAACCUCAAGACUGAGGAGUUUGUCCUAGACAUGAACACGCUGCAGGCGCUGCAGCAGCUUCUGCAGUGGGUGGGCGACUUUGUGCUUUAUCUCCUGGCUAGCCUGCCCAACCAGGGCUCCCCACUGCGGCCAGGCCACAGCUUCCUGCGGGAUGGCACCUCACUGGGCAUGCUGCGGGAGCUGAUGGUGGUCAUUCGCAUCUGGGGCCUGCUGAAGCCCAGCUGCCUGCCCGUGUACACAGCCACCUCGGACACCCAGGACAGCAUGUCCCUGCUCUUCCGCCUGCUCACCAAGCUCUGGAUCUGUUGCCGAGACGAGGGCCCAUCUAGUGAGCCAGAUGAGGCACUAGUGGACGAGUGCUGCCUGCUGCCCAGCCAGCUGCUGGUCCCCAGCCUGGACUGGCUGCCCGUCAGCGAUGGUCUGGUCAGCCGCCUGCAGCCCAAGCAACCCCUGCGCCUGUACUUCGGCAGGGCACCCACGCUGCCAGGCAGUGCCACCACUUUGCAGCUAGACAGCCUCGCCAGAGCACCAGGCCAGCCUAAGAUGGACCAUCUGCGGCGGCUGCACCUGGGCGCCUACCCCACAGAAGAGUGCAAGGCCUGCACCAGGUGCGGCUGCGUCACAAUGCUCAGGUCCCCCAACAAGACCACGGCGGUCAAGCAGUGGGAGCAGCGCUGGAUCAAGAACUGCCUGUGUGGGGGGCUCUGGCGGCGGACACCCCCCAGCUGCCCCUGAGGGUGCUGCCCCUGAGCGGUGCUGCCCAGUGGGCUGGGUAGAGACUGGGUGCACUCAAUGGUGCUGGCCCCACAGGGCCCUAGAGCUGGACAUCCUUCCUUCCCUGCCUGUUCUGGGGGCUGUCGGAGGCACGAGGCCCCUCACCCCUGUCAGCGGGUCCCUCGGCAUCAGGCCGUGGCUUCUGGGACCGCCCACCCUGCACCUCCGCAGCCAGCACCCUGAGUGCCUGGUCCCUGCCCCAGGGCUAGUGGGCUACAGGCCCUGUCCUGGGGACUUGCUGGCCACCAGCCAGUUGCUGCAGGCCACAUGCUGCCUCCGUUUCCCUCCUGUUCCUUGAAGGCCAUUCCAGCAGGGGUUGGGACAGGGCUGAGCCGGGCCUUCUGUUCCCGGCCCCUGUUGUCACUGUGGGCCCCUGCACCGCACUGGGGCAUCUCGCUUGCUCUGUCCUGAGGUCAGCCAGCAUUUACGGGCAUCAAAUGGACGCCCACCAGGCCCUGGCGUCUGUGUUGGCCAGAAGGGGCAGAGGGUGGAGGGAAGGCCUGGAGCCUGUCUGUCUCCAUCCCUGUGUGUCCUUACCCUCGGCUCUGCCCUCCUGUCCCCAUCCCCUCCCCCGCACUGGCGCUGCUAGCCCAAGGCCCUGGUUCCCAGUGCUCUGCCUCAUGCCCCAGGGGUCUGCCUUCUGUCCAUUAUGUGCUCUGGGCCAGCUGCCCCCAGGUGGGCAGGCCCUGCAGACAUGCUGCCUGCUGAGUGAUAAUUGGUUUGCUUGUUUUCUUUCUGGAAGGCUCCAGGAGGGCAGCGGCUAACUCAGCAUGGCUGUCUGCACUUGAUCCUGGCCUGCCCCUCGCCUGGCGGGGUUCCUGAGCCUGGUGCUAGGCAACCUGUGGCUGCAGGACCGGGCACCGGGAGGGCAUGGGCAGCAGACCGCAUCCCCAGCUGCCUCCACCAGGGUGACGCAACAGCCUCCUGGGCCGAGGCGCAGCCGGGAUGGGCGACAGUGCCCGGGCCACUGCCUGAUGGACAGAGCCCACAAGGUGACUUGCACCUGGGUGGCCUUCCACAGGGCCUCCACCUGGCCCCUCCGUCUAGCAGGCAUCCUCCCUGGCCUGGGCAGACACCUGCAGAUGAUACCAGGUCCCCUGCAGCGGCCUGGGUGCAGUGGGUGGGGCGGCCAUGGGCCACCGCCUCUCUCCUGACUCCUCCCCUGCCCACAGUCAGGAGCCUAAGCCCAAGAGAGUUGAUGUCCCUGGGUGAACAACUGCCAUUUCAUGUUGCUGUGUCAAGCCUGUCUGUCCUGGGCACCUGGCCCAGUAUCGGCAAGGAGGUGGGGUGGGAGAGCACUGUGGGGCCUGACCCCUGGGGCUCUUUCUGGAAUGUCCCAUGAGCUAAGACUGAUGGCAGGAUGGGACUCAGGUGCCAGGGAGUCUAGAGCUGGACAGGCUGGCCCCGUCUGUGUUGUGAUUCAGGGCUGUGGCCGCAGGCCACUGGGCUGACGCUGGCCCUGGGGCACAGCCAGUCCCUGGGACAAGGGCCUGUAGCAGUGGCAGCGUGUCGCAGGGUGCUCCCUUGCUGGGCUGCAGUUGGUUUGGCCUACUGAAGCCUCCUGUGCCGGGAGGAGAGGGAGGAGAGGCGGGCUCCGAAGGCCCCGAGCCCCAGGGCUGUUUUGUAAGACCUCCCAGGCCACCCUGCCCGGUGUUCACUUCUCAGGUAUAAGGGAGUUCAGGGGAAGUGGAUCUCAGACCACCACCCCUUAGCAUGUGUCCAAGAGGGGGCUUGCAGGCUGUGGGCUGCCUUCACAUGGUAACAGGGGUUUGUCUUCCCCAGUGCCCUGAGGCUGGGCAGCUUCCUUGGGAGACCUAGUACUGCCUGCUGCCACCCCAAGCUGGGUUGACUGCUGGACAGCUGCAGGGCCAGCCACAUUAAUGACGUGCCGCACGGUGGAGGAUUUGCCAAGCUCCUCAGGAGCAGGCCCAGACCUCAGCUGUGUCUCUGGCCCCCAUCCCAGGGCUGGCACACAGUAGGUGCUCAACAGAUACUGGUGUAGGGCUAUAAUUCCUGGGUGAACAUUCCAUAGAAUCAAUAAGCCAAGACACGGAUUCCAAUAUUAUCUUCCCGUUCCCAGCGCGGUGCGGGAUUUCCCCUCAGACCCUCGGUCUUCUUUUCAACAAAAAGGAAACCAUAUAAUCUUUCUUUUAUAUAUCCAGCUUGCUGCUGUGGGCCUCACUCACCUCUCCUCUAGGUGGCCUGGGCCUGAGUUCUGUCUAUAGAGGUGCAGGCUGUGUAGAGCUGCCCGCUACACGGGGCCCCAGGAGACGGGCUGCUCUGGACACCCCAGCUUCCUCAUCACCGGCUUCAAAGCCAUGCCUCCUCCUGGAGUUUGUGUGACCCCUGAGCCUGUUUCCCGUUUGGGACGCGCAGCAGGUCGUGAGGCAACAACUGUAGAGGUCUCUGAGUCACCGCCACAUAACUACCCUGCACGUUUCGCUGGAAAGCGGAGGGCGGGCCGGAUGGGAGCUGGUUGGAGAGGGGUACCCCACCACUCGGCUUCCCGGGAGGGUCGAGGGCGCCACCGUGUGGUCGGUGGCCGAACAACACCCGACAGCUUCCGUGCUGAAAGAGCCUCCGGGAUUGGGAGUCGCCCCUUGGCGUCUCCCUUGGGGCAGGUGCUCAAUAAAGAUGCUGGACAUAGAAA